CGCUCCCUCACCUCACCCUUUUCCCAUCCUCUCUGCUCAUCCUCGACCAUAACCAUCAAUUGCAAGUAUUUCAUCGAAGACUAAGGACUGCAAUGCCCAUCACAUCAAGUUUUCAUCCAUUUUCCCGCCUCCCACUUGAGCUUCGUCUCAGGAUUUGGUCGUUCGCUCUCCCCGCACCUCAGCUCGCUUCACUUGUCGCCUACACAGAAGAAGAGAGCCUCAGAAAGACCCCUUUCGAUAACCCAGGCGGCCCUCAAAAAUGGAUUUACAUGUACUUUGAACGAUGCUCCACCCUCUCCGUCAAAAAACCCCACCCACUCCUCCAAGCAAACCACGAAUCCCGCUCUCUCGUCCUCUCACAUCACCACUUACUGCCCUAUACCCCCGAUUCCGAGGUACUCUUACUUACAAAGACUAACGAAACCGUCCCAUCGCCACGAAACAAUGGUCCUCAUCUCCUAGAGCCAAGAAAACUCCUCGCACUAAACAAGGACCUCAUAGACUCCCAAACGAAACCUUUCACGCUCUUCAACCCUCACCAAGAUGUCCUAUUCCUCGCCGAUCCUCGACGACAGAUCCACUGCUCUUCACUCAGCGUCGUGGUACGCUGGCUUCAUCCCCCUCUGCUGUCCAGCAUCCGGAUAUUGGGAUUAAGUUACUACACCUGGCGCAAAGAUCGGAAAUUCAAGAUCUUGAAUUUGUUGUAUGAGUUUUCGUCGCUGGAGAAGCUUUAUGUGUGUUUUGUGGGGAGCGGGGAGGAGUGGGAUGGAGGGGAAAAUGGAGGUUGGGGCGGAGGGUGGUUGGAUGCUGUGAGGAGGGAGGGGGAUGAUAUGGAUGGGAGUAAGUAGUGAUCGUCUUUUUUAUUCUUGCUGGUUGUUGUCUUUGCUGUAUUGCGUUUUCGAGGGAUCUUUAGCUUUUUCGGUUCCUAUUGUUGGAGGAGAACGGUGGCUAACUUUUAGUAGUGUUGAGACAAGUUGAAAAGGAGGUUUUCGAGGACGUCGAAGAGUUGGCAAGAAAGGGUGGCAAGGACUGGAAGAAACCUGUCGUGAAAGUUUUGAGAGACAGAAAAGCUUUGGUGCGAGAUUGGGAAAGCUAACGUUCCUUCUUCAAGAUGGUGCUCGAUUAUUUGGCAACAAUUAGGCUGUCUGUUAUAUCAGAUUGUAUCUAUGGAUUUUGCAGUACAUUUUUUUCGGGUUGUUCAGUAACAAUUUACCAAACCUUUUUCCACGCA